AUGUGGUUCUCUACCAUAAACCUCUUCACAUCGCUGAAAAAUUACAGGGUUGUAGCUCAGAAAUUGAAGGAAUCAGAAAUCACAGAACAGGAUUCUUUGCUUCUGACGAGAAACCUGUUACGUAUUGCAAUAUUCAACAUCAGCUACAUCAGAGGCCUUUUUCCGGAGAAUUAUUUCAAUGAUAAGUCCGUUCCUGCUCUAGAAAUGAAGAUCAAGAAGCUAAUGCCAAUGGACCACGAGUCACGUAGACUAAUUGACUGGAUGGAAAAAGGUGUUUACGAUGCGUUGCAGAAAAAGUACCUGAAAACACUUCUGUUCUGUAUAUGUGAAACGAUUGAAGGUCCAAUGAUUGAGGAGUAUGCGUUUAGUUUCAAUUAUUCGAAUUCGAAUGACGAGGUUACAAUGAAUAUCAAUCGCGUCGGUGAUAAAAAACAAGGAGCUUCCUUCAAGUCGAACGUCAACACUGAUAUUACUCCCAAUCAGAUGCGGAGUUCUGCUUGUAAAAUGGUGCGAACACUAGUUCAAUUGAUGAGGACACUAGAUCAAAUGCCGGAAGAGCGCACCAUUGUAAUGAAGCUUCUUUAUUAUGAUGACGUGACGCCAGCAGAUUAUGAACCACCCUUCUUCAGAAGUUGUACUGAAAAAGAGGCUAAUAGUACCUGGACAAAAACUCCUUUGAAGAUGGAGGUUGGUCAAGUUAACAGCAAGCAUUUGGUAUUAGCUCUGAAGGUUAAAAGUGUCCUUGAUCCUUGUGAGGAUGAGAACAUUAAUGGUGGUAGACAUGACGAGCGGAUGAGCUUGGAAGACUCUAUAGGAGAUGAUUCAUCUACCUCUGAUAGCGAGGUUAACUGUUCACACGAGAAUCAAUAUGUUGUCGAACCUAGAGGUAGAGAACGUGAGGACGAUGCCACGACUGAUGAUGACGCUACAGAGGAUGAACAGGAGGAAGAACGACAGUUGACCCGAGUAAAGGAAUGGAUUAAUUCACGCCACAUUGACAGAGUUGAACUUACUGAUAUUCUCUCAAACUUCCCUGACAUUUCAUUGGUUCUGACGGAAGAGAUCGUGGACAAACUCGUGAAAGAAGGGGUGCUAUCUCCUGCUGGAAGAGACACUUACACCAUUAACAUACUAAAGGUUUUCAUCUCAACCACUCUAGUAAUGAAUUCAAUGACCUAUGUUUUCACUAAUGCAACCUCGCCUCAGGAACCCAACCUUGACCUCAGUGCCGUGAAAGAUGAAAUGGAAGUAGAUGCAAGACAAAGCCCGGUUGCAAGAAAAGCCAACAAGGGUUCGGAGGGACGGGAGGGUGAUUACUUAUACAUGAAGGCUCUGUAUCACACUCUUCCCAUGGAAUAUGUGACGAUAGGGAAGCUUCAGAACCUCCUGGAAGGAGAAGCUAACCAAACCACCGUUCGGAAGCUUAUCGACAGAAUGACUAAGGAAGGUUUUGUGGAAAAUCAAAGCAACCGAAAAUUAGGGAAACGUGUCAUCCAUUCUGAAUCAACUAACAGGAAGUUGGUGGAAGUAAAGAAAGCUCUAGUGAGUUCACUUGAUUCUGACCAAGGAAUGGGAGAUAAUGAACCAGUCGACAAACCCAACACCAUAGACAUCAAGAGAACCGCGGUUUUGCAAAGGGACUCGUCUACAUUCGGGGGCCUCCACUCUGUGGGAUCGGAUCUCACACGAACACGAGACAGAUCUGAUGCACAGCAAAAUGAUUCCGUUAGGAGUGAUCGUACAACAGUCAAGACAGGGGAGCAGGGGAUCACUCCCAUUAGCAAUAGCAAACAUCCAGUUUCUUCACGUGAAAGCGCAGUAGUACUAGGGAACGAACAUAAUGGAACAAAUCACAUUGACGAUGGUGGUGCUACCUUCUGUAGUGGAGUCGCCAAGGACAAGCGAAGUAUAAAAACAAGCACGGUCAAGGAGCCGAUUAUUCAGAAUGUGAAGCGCCAGAAAUUGCUACCGUAA